AACACUAGAAUAAUUUAUCAACAAAAAUUAAAUAGUGUGCCAAAUUUUUAAAUUGACUAAUAGCAACACAUAUCUGAAACAUAAAUAUAUGCCAAAAAAAAAGAAUUUGACUGAAUAUCAAAAAUUAAUAAUGGGCCAGAAAACUAUUUGACUUUGAACAUACAACUUAAUUCCCGGUCAACAUAUAAUUGUGUUUCAUAUUUACAUAUAUGCAAAUUAACUCUUAAUUACAACUGAAGUCAAACCUAGCUUAAUUACUUACCAAUCAGAUUUUCUAAUAUAUACAUGUCUGCUUAAGAAGUAAUCUUCACAAUCUCGAAAGUCUCUCAAGCAAAACAGAAAAUAAAAAUAAUAAAAAUAAAUCCUAAUUCUGUAACGUCAACAUGUCAUAUGGUUCGUGGUUUUUAGACGAGACUCCAUUACCAAAACUAGGCUUUCUCGGCCAAGGCACCUACGGCUAUGUCACCCUGGUUCGAAACGGCGAUGGACUACUCAUGGCUAAGAAAACAUGUCUCCUCAAAUACUCAGAGGAUCUCGAGAAAGAAGUAAGGAUCAUGGAGCACUUCUUUUCAUUCGAUUUCAACACCGUGAGAGCGACGAGCCCCGCUGUUUCCCAAGAAACUAUGCCGGUGAAUGUCAAAGUCUGUUCCAUUCACAUGGAAGUCGCACCACAUGGUUCACUCAAAGACAUGUUAACCAAAGCCGGUGGGACAUUACCGGAGAACGUCAUCGGUUAUUGCAUUUUCCAGGUUCUUGAAGGGCUCAGGGAUCUUCACCAACACGGUUAUGUCCAUUGUGAUCUCAAGCCAGAGAACAUACUCAUCUUCCCGGCCUAUGCUCAUGACGAGCUUUGCAAUCUCAAACUUGGUGACUUCGGUUCGGCUAAGGAGCCCAAUGGACCUGAUCCAGUGAACGGGUCUUUGUUCGAGGACAAUCCGGAGUAUUUGGCUCCUGAGGCGGUCGGGCCACGUGGAGUGAUCUCGUCGGCCGUUGAUAUCUGGUCCUUAGGUACCAUGGUAAUUGAGAUGAUGGGGGUUACUAUAAGAGGAAGGAGUGAUUACGUGCCGAGGACUCUAUCGCCGAUGACUUGGGACUUUGUGAGGAGAUGUAGAGAGCGGAAUCCGGAGGCUAGAGCCACCGCGGAGGAGCUAAUGAGUCAUGCUUUUGUUAACCAAAGUCUUGAGGUUCCACCGCUUGAGCUGCUUCCAGUUCCUUCUUGCUUAAGUAAUGGAGUGGUUCAAGGAAGGUUUUUCUAGAGGUUAAAUGUGGGAAUGUGAUGGAGAAGGCCGUGAGAUUGAUGGUGGAGAUGAGCUGGAUAGGAAUGGUUUUCAUUUUCGUUGGUGUCAAGAAGUUAUUGUCGUUUUAAAAAAAAAGUUAUUGUCGUUUAAUUUGCAU